AUGUCGGCGCUGAGUGACGCCGAGUACCUGCGGCAAAUCUACCUGCAAAAUGUCGCAUCUGUAGCCUGUCUCAGUCGACGAACUGACAGGCCGCCCUGGAACGCAGCCGUCUACACGUAUGAGCUUGUCAUCACUAUAGAGCAGCAAGUGCGCUUCCUUGCACGCCGACGCUUCUCCGCCAUCGCCGUGCUGUACACAUCGAUGCAUCUCUCGACGAUGAUCUUCCUACUGGCCUGGCUUGUUGGCUGGGUCUUCCGGGACUGUCACAGCGUAUUCAUAGGUAAUCUGCUUGUACUUCUAGUGAACGCGGUUCUCCGCCUUGUCUUCGGAGUGAUAUCUGGUUUCCGUGUGUAUGCAAUCAACGGGCAGAAGCUGCUGCUUCCGUUAUUCAUUGCCGUGCUCUACGUCCCAGAUAUUGUAGAAUGGACGGCAUCGCGACAGACCUACACCAAGGAUCCAGUCAUAGGCUGUGUGAUCAACUAUAGCCUCUCGAAAGGCGUCGAGAAUAUAUGUAAGGCAGAUUGCAUCACGACGAUACUCAUUUCGCGCAUGUUCCUUAACCUGUCGAACAUACACUAUCCACCAAUGGGGCUGACGACAACGACUGCGACGCAGCAUCUCGCAGAUACUAUGCACUUUGGGUCGAGCGAGUGGCACACGAACGUGUUCUCGGCGGACGCGGCGUCCUCGUCUGACGUCGUGCACGAUGGUGAAAUAGACAUGACUGGGUACAUCCUGGAGCCGCGUGGGACGACGAGCGGCGGCACGAGCUACGAGAUUCUGGACCAAUUAGAGCAUGAAUAUCUACACAUCUCUCUGGAGAAACAGCAGGGAACUCGAUAUGCGGCCAGAAAUGAUAUUGGCACCAUAUAUAACACAUUCCGGGAUCAAACUCUUGCUCUCGCGCGUAGGCUGACUUCAGUUCGUCCCUUACGGCCUACUGAAGUCAGUGCAUACCUAUCCCGAGUUAUGAGCCCUACCGACGCUUACGAGAUCACGCUCGGCUCCAAUGAGUCGCCCGUCAGCCGCCUCCCCAAGCUCGCUGAGGAUGGAUCGAACUGGGUCUUGUUCAAGGCCCAGUUCAAGGCGACGGUGUCGUCCAAGGGCCUAUUGCGGUUCCUCGAAGGUCGCGACAAAAUACCUAUCGAACCGACAGCUCCAGGCGUCGAUUCAGAUGCUGACGAGAAG